AUGGCUCAACAAACUAGCACUGGAGAUCUGAAUCAGAACCCGAGCCAGACUCCGAACCAGAACCAGAACCAGCCACAGCAGUGGGCCCAGCCGCAUCAGUAUCAGCAGCAAUGGAUGUCCAUGCAAUAUCCUGCUACUGCUAUGGCUAUGAUGCAGCAGCAGAUGAUGAUGUAUCCACAGCAUUACAUGUCGUAUGUUCAUCCUCAUCAUUAUCAGCCGCCUCACCAGCAGCAACCCUCGCCGCCGCCGACUACUCAGCCUCAUCAUGCUCAUGCUCAUCAUCCUCAUUAUCACCAGCAGCAGCAUCAGCACAAACAGCUUUCUCCUGAAGAGAUCAGGACGAUCUGGCUUGGUGACCUUCAUCAUUGGAUGGACGAGACUUUUCUUCAUAACUGCUUUGCUCAUACCGGCGAGGUUGUAUCGGCCAAGGUCAUACGUAAUAAGCAAACUGGUGUCUCGGAGGGAUAUGGAUUUGUCGAAUUCUAUUCGCGAGGAACGGCUGAGAAAGUCUUGCAAAACUUUAAUGGUGCUAUGAUGCCAAACACAGAUCAGGCGUUUCGUUUGAAUUGGGCUACAUUCAGCGCUGGCGGCGGUGGUGGUGGUGAAAGGCGUUCUUCUGAGGCUACUUCUGAUCUCUCUGUUUUUGUGGGAGAUUUAGCCAUAGAUGUUACUGAUGCUAUGCUGCAGGAGGUGUUUGCUAGCAGAUUCUCAUCUAUUAAGGGAGCUAAAGUUGUCAUUGAUUCUAAUACUGGUCGUUCAAAAGGCUAUGGUUUUGUUAGGUUUGGUGAUGAGAAUGAAAGGACAAGGGCAAUGACUGAAAUGAACGGCGUUUAUUGUUCUAGCAGGCCUAUGCGAGUCGGUGUUGCAACACCCAAAAAAACUUACGGCAAUCCACAACAAUAUUCUUCACAAGCUGUAGUGUUGGCUGGCGGUGGUCACUCGUCUAAUGGUGCUGUGGCCCAAGGUUCCCAAUCUGAAGGGGAUUCUAACAACACAACUAUAUUUGUUGGAGGGCUUGAUUCUGAAAUCAGCGAUGAGGAUCUCAGACAACCGUUUUUGCAAUAUGGCGACGUUGUCUCCGUGAAAAUUCCAAUCGGUAAAGGAUGUGGCUUUGUUCAACUUGCUGACAGAAAGAAUGCUGAGGAUGCUAUUCAGGGAUUGAAUGGAACAGUGAUUGGGAAGCAGACCGUGCGUCUUUCUUGGGGUCGCAGUCCAGGAAAUAAGCAUUGGAGGAACAAUGACUCGAAUGGAAACCAUUACGGUGGACAGGGUUAUGGUGGCCACGGAUACGGAGGCCAUGGUUAUGCUGCUAGACAGAAUCAGGAUAUAGCAAUGCAACAACCUGCUGCUGCAAUUCAAGGGGCUUCAUAA